AGCCCCGUACUAUCGGUAUAACUGUCAAUCGAUAGGCGCAGACAAUAACGCUUUCGGUUAUCGGUAUCGUAAAAUAAUAACAAUUUCGCAAAAUUCCAAACCGAUUCGCAAAAAGGUGGAUUAUUCUCACAAAUCAGAGCGGACAACGUUUCGAUUGAAGUGAUCCCAAUCCCAGCCAAUCCACCGCAGGCAAUGGACAUCGACUGGCAGAACGGGCUCACAGAGCUGAAGGACCGGGGCCAGUACCUUCUGCACUCGGAAAAGUGGGCCGACUGCCGCUUUCUGGUGGGUUCCUCGCCCACCCAGCGGCUCAUCGCUGGCCACAAGCUGCUGCUGGCCAUGGCCUCGCCGGUGUUCGAGCGGAUGUUCUAUGGCAACCUGCCAGAUAAGACGGACCCCAUCGUCAUACCGGACGUGCAGCCGGAGGCGUUCGAGGCGAUGCUGGAGUACAUCUACACGGACCGCAUCACCAUUGGGUCCUUCGACAAGGCCUGCGAGCUGUGCUACGUAGCCAAGAAGUACAUGCUGCCCCACGUGGUCACCCGUUGCACCCACUUCCUUUGGGCCGACCUUAGUCCGAAAAACGCCUGCCGGGCGUACGAGUUUGCCAAGCUGUUCGAUGAGCCACGCCUCAUGCAGAGCAGUAUGGACCUAAUAGCAGCCAACACGCGCGAGGUGCUGUCCGAUCCCAGCUUCCUAGACAUCGAGGUCUCCACCCUGAUGGCCAUACUUGACCAAAAUCGCCUGAACAUCGACUCCGAGCUGGAUCUGUUCAACUGCCUGCUGAAAUUCGCCAGUGAGCGGGGCAUCCUGAACGAGCCCGGCCAAGAAGAGGCUGCUGGCGGAGGUCAGGUGCUGACCAAGGAGUCGCCCGACAAUGCUGCCGGUCAUGUGCUGGUCGAAGAGAUCAAGAUGGAGCCCGAUGUGGCGGCCAUGGUGCAGCACAUGCACCAGGACGACGAGGGUGACAGCUUCGAGACGGACGCAGGCAUGGCCUCCACUUCCUCUGGUGCUGUAGUGGCAGCAGCGGCGCCUGCGGCUGCCUCCCCGCCGCUAGACGUGGCUUCCGGCUCUGACGACCUGGUGAUUAUCGAUAGCGACGCUUCCGCCGAUGCCGCCGCCAACAUGAUCAACAUCAUGGACGCCCAGCGCACCAUUCUCGAUGGAGCUAUGCUCCGGCAGGCGGUCAAAAAGAUCCGCUUUCUUACCAUGACGCCGCAGCAGUUCGCCGAGGGGCCGGCCCGUUCCAAGCUGCUGCAGCAGCACGAGGCCCUCUCGAUCCUGAUUAAGAUAUCCAGUCCCUCGCUCAACGAUUGUCACAUGCCAGAAGGUUUCUGUGUGUCGCGAAGCACGCGCAACUUCUAUGAGUCGGGCCACCGGCACGCCCAGAGAGAACUGUCCUCCUCGUACCGCACUGGAGCCGCUCCCUCAGGCGUCUGUUUCCCGGGUCCGGCAGUCCGCAGCGGAGGUCCUGCCGGCGGCGGAAUGAUGAUGGGCAAUGCGCCCCGUUUCGGAUCCGUUGGCACUGGAUUCAGCUUCGCAGGCGAGGAGUUGGUCAUGCGCCCCCCGGACCCAGUGGGCGUCCCACAAGAUGCCGCACCGGGGCCAGCCCCACUGCGCUGCUUCGGCGAGGGCUAUGAGAACGGAGCGCCAGUCCCAGCGCCCGCCAAUGAUGAUGACGGUGGCGAUCGGGGUGCGCCGGCGCCCGCCGGCGGAGCUGCAGCUGGAGGAGCUGGAUCCGCAGCUGGAAACUCGCACAACGACAUGGUGCGCGCCUACUGUAUGCGCUCCCUCACCCGCCAGUUUGACUUCCGCAACACCAGCGUCACGGAUGCAGGCGUGACUUUCCAGGUGGACACCAACAUCUGGAUCUUGGGCGUCCAGGUGCCAACACGUGUGCUGUGUGGCGAGCUGAUGACCUCCGCCGGCUUUACGGAGCGUUACACCGAGGUGCUGUACGCCCACAUCCAGGACAUGCACGGCUCAAGGAUCACAUACACCCACUGCACGGCACGCGUGCGUUACGACUCGCUGCUGGACAUAACGUUCGAUCGACCUGUGUACAUAUACCGGAACCAGAUCUACAAGAUCUACGUCGUGUUCAACAAGACCGGCUGGUAUCCCAUGUACUCCUGUGUGCCCGAUGCCAACUGCAACCGCGUGAAGUUCAUGUUCAACGUGGGCAACCCCACGGAAUCCGUUCGUGACGGCCUGAUCUACGCAAUCAUCUUCUCCACGCCCCAGGACCACGGCCGUCACCUGGUCGACUGAAUCCUAAGCAAUAUUAGUUCAUUAGUUUAGCUCCUUCCCUGUAUUUUCGAUGUGAUAGACUUUGGUUGGCGUCUUGGCCCAUGGAACUUAUUUGAUCUGUAUGCUGGAAUUUUCCCAUUCUAUGUUUACAAGCUGGGAACUAAUUGUGCAUAGUUUUAACAUCACUUACCAAUGUAUGGAUCGUUUGUGUUCUUGGCUGGUUGUUGUAUUGGCGAAAUACUUAGGAUCACCUAGCAAAUGAAUAGUCUCAAUCACGCUUCAGAUCAGCAAUUGUUUCAUAAUUUUGUACAAGUUUAUUGCCAAGUUCAAUUAGUUCUGCUGUAUAGCUCUAGCCAAUUAUGCAUUUAUUUUUUUGAGUGCUUGAUUUAAGCUGCCAGUCCCUCUUAACAAACUCCACUUAAAUGUUUUUUUUUUACAAACGUAAUUAUUUUGCGUUUAGCUUUUAUAGAUCAACAAGCUAAUAUUUUAAGACUUAUAUAAGACUAAAUUGGUAUAUUUCAAUUUAAUAAAACACAUUCAAUAUAUUUCCUAAUAUCGUCACGUUUGCUGUGCUCAAUUGU